CGGAGCCUUCCCCCGCUCCUCCCCUUCUCUCACUUUCUCACCGACACAUUCAACCGCCAGCACGAUUACCUCCGCAUCUCGCUCACCGAGCGAUGCAAUCUUCGGUGCCAGUAUUGCAUGCCGGCAGAGGGUGUCGAGCUCUCCCCUGAAGGCAACCUCCUUACCACGCCUGAGAUCCUCCGACUUGCCCGUCUAUUCGUGUCACAAGGCGUACGAAAGGUGCGGCUUACCGGUGGUGAGCCCACUAUUCGCAGUGACAUACUUGAACUCGUGAACGAACUCCACGCGAUUCCCGGGCUCGAGGAGAUUUGCAUCACGUCGAAUGGCCUCGCGCUCCACCGCAAGCUCCCGCAGCUCUGUGAGUCAGGUCUUACAGCGCUCAACUUGCUGCUCGACACGCUUGUGGCGGGUAAGUUUGCGCUCAUCACACGGCGUAAUGGACUUUCGGCGGUGCUCAGGGCACUCCACGUGGCGCUCGCACUCGGGGUCCGCGUGAAGGUCAAUGUGGUGGUGAUGCGCGGAGUCAACGAAGACGAAAUUCUUGACUUUGUAGCUAUGGCCCGAGACCACCCGCUCGAGGUGCGGUUUAUCGAAUACAUGCCGUUUGGGGGCAAUAAGUGGCUGCAAGGCAAGAUGUUUGACUAUGCGGACACCAUGCGAAUCAUAGCUCGCAAGUAUGCGUUGACAAAGGUCCCGCACCGCGCGGGUGACACCGCUAAGGUGUACUCGCAUCCUUCAUUCCGCGGUCGCGUCGGGUUUAUCACGUCAAUGACGGAAAAUUUCUGCGGUACGUGCACACGCUUGCGGCUCACUACAGAUGGGAACUUGAAGGUGUGUUUGUUUGGGAACGAGGAGGUGAGUCUUAGGGAUAUGAUGCGGAGUGGUAAGACGGAUGGGGAGAUACUCGAGGUGAUUGGUGUGGCGGUGAAGGGGAAGCGGGAGAAGCACGAUGAUAUGGGGGUGUUGGAAAACAUGCCGAACCGGCCGAUGAUCCUAAUUGGGGGAUGA